GCUGGCCGACAGCAGUGAAUAGCAAUGGACAGCAACAGCAACAACUAACAUUAGUUGGCGUUUGUCUCAGAAGCCGCCGCCUGAAUGUAUAUGUGAAGCCUGUCCCUGAUGAGGUGAAUUGCUGAAUGUCCUUCUAGAGUCGCUGAAAAUGACACCGAGAUGACUUACCAGUGGCUUGGACAUCUGUGAUUUGGCAGAAGAUGAGGCUUGCUCAGUUUGUCAGACUUGUCAUUGCUUGUAAUGAUUCCUAAUGUAUGCACAAACCACACUGACAUGGACAGCAAACUAUAGUGAAUCGUGACUGUUGCUUUUUGCACAUCACACAUUCACACUCACACUCACUCACACACACACACCAACUAUAUAAAUUAUCAUUUAGCUUGUUUUGAAUGGCUCUCAGUAAAUAAACGGUGCUGACAAUGUCACUGGGUGAGCAGUCUCAAAAGUGGUUUCCAACCCAUGUCCAAGCCACUGUUCUUCAAGCAAACGGUUUACAGCCCAAGGGCAAAAAUGGCACCAAUGAUGCCUACACCAUCAUUCAGCUGGGCAAGGAAAAGUACUCGACGUCGGUGGCGGAGAAAACGCUCAGUCCUGUCUGGAAAGAAGAAGCCUCCUUUGAAUUGCCUGGUCUACUUUUGGAGGGCAACCCAGAAGUAUAUGAACUCUGCCUUAUCGUGAUGCACCGGUCCUUGGUCGGGAUGGACAAGUUCCUGGGUCAGAGGUCCAUCAACCUUAAUGAAAUCUUUGAUAACAAGGAGCGUAAGAAAACUGACUGGUAUUCCUUGGAGUCAAAGCCGGGGAAAAAGAGGAAAGAACGAGGCCGCAUCCAAGUCAGCAUUCAGUUCAUGAGGAACAACAUGACGGCCAGCAUGUUCGACCUCUCCAUGAAGGAGAAGCCCCGCUCGCCUUUUUCCAAACUGAAGGACAAAAUGAAGGGUCGCAAACACGACAGUGGCUUUGGUGACACAUCUUCAGCCAUCCUGCCUCGCUCUGCCGUGUGUGACGCGGAGCCCAGCCGUCAGGCCUUUGCCCCAGACCUACAACCUCAGCCUGAAGCAAAGGUCAAGAGACCAUUACUCGCUGGGGCCCAUAAACUAUCUGCAGCCCAUUCCAUGUCGGACCUCAUUGGGACCCAUUUUCGACCUAAGCUGGACUCCAUGAACUCCAUAGAAGAGAGUGGUGGACCUCACAGGCGUUCCCAGAGCGAGGUGCCAGGCUAUCAGGACGGUGAGGCACACAGUGACCCUUUCACUGAUAUCAGUGACACCCUGCCACAGAAGUAUGCCACGCUCCCACGCAACCGCAACCCAUUUGAGGGGGAGCACGGGCAGCUGUGGGACCGCGCAGAGCGGAAGGAGAAAAAGGAGAAGGUCAGCCUCCUGGAACGAGUGACGGGAAAGAAGGAGGGCCGCAAGACCAGCAACGGGGGGCGAUCGGGCAGCUCUGGAGACCUGCGUUCCCCCAACCCUUUCAGUGGUGACUCACAAGCAGACACUAACCCGUUCAGCUCCAAUUACAAAGCCAGUGAUAAAAAGUCAACAGGAAAGGAAGACAUCGCCUUUGGCCAGAAGAAGAAGGACAUCUACAGCAAGAAAAAAGAGGUGACACAGGAAAGUGUGGCCGCCUAUAGUAACUUAUCCUUUGAGGAAGUUGUGCAGGAACUCAUCAAGCAGAAAGAAAUAGUGAAGAAGAAAGACGCCCACAUCAGAGAGCUGGAGGACUACAUCGAUAACCUACUCGUACGUGUCAUGGAGGAGACGCCGAGCAUCCUACGGACACCGUAUGAGCCCAAAAAGAAGGCGGGUAAACUUAGUAAAAAAUAAAAAGAAGCAAAGAGACAGAGGAUGAGAAGUUACUAAUAAAGGUUUAGGUGUAGCUCGUGUAUCAGUAUCAUAUGUUAAAAUAAGUUGGAACAAAUGGGAUUGAUCAAAGCCAAAUUUAUGAUUGAGCUAUGUCUUCGCUUUAGAACAUUUUCAUUCAGUGGAUGUAGUUUUUAUAGUUAGUUUUUUUGUUUUUUUUUGUUUAAUCUUUUGGUUAUUUUAGUACAUGUUUCACGUCUCCUGUUUUUCUGUUUUAAAAUUACCUUAUGAAUUCUUGUUGCGGUUCAUUUUUAGGUAAUUAUCAGGGUACGUGAAGUUCAGUUGAUACAAGUCAAAUCAAACUCAUUUUAUUUUAUUUUUUUUAAAGAUGAAUUAUAUUGAAUGCACUUGAGGUCUGUUGCACACACAGCUGCCACCAUCUGUCUAGAAGCUCUUAAGGUGCAAAUGCAGCGACAUUCAUGUUUACCAGAUGCUGCAGUCGCAGUUGUGUGCUGUUUGCUGAACGAUGGUCAAGUGGUUGAUAAGAUGAAGCUGUAGGUUAUUGUGUUUACACUCGAGCACAAGUCUUAAAGUCGCCACCUAACUGACCUGGACUCUGCUCUCACACCCAAUACACUGAGUUCAUUUAUAGGUGUUCUUAGAAAGACUGGAAGAGAGUUACGGUAAGAAGUAUCUGGGAGUCUGGUUUCCUUCUAGCUUACUGAAUCACAAAAAAAAGAACAAAGAUACAUUCCUUUUAUCAGUAACUGACUUUUCAUUCAUUCUUUAUUUUAUUUGUGACGACUAUCAUGUAGCUUUCUCAGACAGAGGGUCUCAUAUUCACUCGCUUGAGGUGAGCAUUUUACUAACUUUAAGUGCAAUAAUUAUGACUUAAGCAUCUUGCGUUAUGUUCUGCUGGUGAUGUUCUUGUUUACAUUUUAAUCACACUCACUUUGAGUUGGGCUUAUCACUUUAUAUUGAUUUGAUUCAUUAGAAGAGCUCGGAGUUCUUUGUUACGACCUCACCUCACUCAAUUCCUCCAAAUACAAGUUAAUGCUGAAGAUUGUACAGAUGGUACCAAGCUGCACAUGUGGAUAUUUGCUGAACAAUCUUUAUUUAUAAAUAUGUCAUAGCUCAUUUACUUAUGAAUGUUAUUUUAAUGUAUUUGUAAGGUACUUUAUGGUUGAAACGCUACAGUAUCCCCACACCACCUCCCUCACCACAUGUUUAAUAACACUGUAUAGUUAAUGCAAAUCGAAAAAAAAAACACACUUUAGUAUUCAUGUAUUAAGGACUCACUGAUACACUUUCUAUUGGCAUGAAUAUGUUUACCUUUAAUGAAAAUUCAACUUCAUUAUGUACUGUGCCUCAGUAUAUUUGUAUUUUUCUUUUUGUAUUAUCAAAGAGUUCAAAUUCAUCAUAUAAGAUAUGAGUGUGUUUUACCAGUUGACUCAGCACCAAUGAGAAUCUGUUCAUUACUGUCGGAGGCAAAUAACCAACAGCAUUCAGGUCACAAAUAACUGUUUUACUGCCUUGUCUUCAUUUCACAGUUUUAUGUCAUCUCAUAUGUCGCCUCAAUCUGUGAAGCUUAUGUCAUAACAACAUAUGUUGUUUCCAUGUCAAACGGCGCUCCUCAGUUCUGUUAAUUUCUCACUUUCUACCAAACAAAUGCUGAGGUGAGCUGUUGGGCGGCUGUCGGAUCGGAUCGCACUGCUGGUACUGAAAUUAAUUGAAUGACUACUUCUUCGGUUAUAGCCUCAGAGAGAGGCCAUUCCCUAUUCCUGUGCUUGUAGUAGAUGCUCAAUAAUAGUAUAAUCACUCACUGAUGUUUAGGUUUACAUGUUUAAUUGUUUAUUCCUAUUUAAUGGAAAGCAGCUUCAUGUACAGUGUAAAAUAUGCUUUGUAUUAUCACAGUAACUGUCCUUUUACUCAAAGUUGCAAACCAUUUUUAAUGAUAUAUCUCUAUUAGGUGAUGAUCCACCUUGUCCUGUUGCUGGUAUUAAUUCUGGUAUUUAUAUCUGUUUUGUAAUUUCUUUCUAAUCCCAAGUCUUCAGAAUAUCUGACCUUUACACUGUAUGAUACCAAAUCACAGGUGAGACAAAGUGCUACAUUGAAUGUCGACAGUCAAAAACACUUACGUUUUCGUUUUUUCAUGAAUGUUGCACCAUUCAGAAACACAUUUGUCUUUGUUUUCUGCUGCUGUAGUUAUUCUAUCUGAAGGUAUGUCAUCUCUUUUGGACUUGAAACCUUAAAAAAAAAAAAAUCUCUUGUUACUGAAUGUACUCUGGUUAAAUGUAUAAUGACAUACAGUACACUAAGAAGGCCAAUGAACCUCGCUUGCCUUUAAAGUAUUUGGUGUAUCCAAAGAGAUCAUUUCAUGGGUGUUUUUUUUUUUUUUCCUUCCUCUCUUCUUUGUGUUUAGUCGGACAAAACUCAGACAACGUUAUUAUGGACAAGAAGUGACUGUUGGUACAUAAGAUUUUGUGCGAUGAUGUGACACAGAUGUUGGCAAAUUCCUUUGUAUUGGAAAAGAUGAUCUGAUCUGCACAUAUUUUGUAAAGCCAAAAAAUGUUUGAAUCAGUUUGUAAAAUCACGAGUAUUAUGAGACUAAUUAAGAAGAUAUGUGGAUAAGAGUCUGUUUUCCAUUGUGGAAAAACUUCUCACUGAAUGCCUUUCUACAUGUGUUGAAGUGUAAACUCAUGUCUGCUCAUGUCACAGGCUUCACCAACCGAUUCAACUAGUACUGUAUUAGUAGUUAGCCAGUUGUCCAUGGACCUUGCCAAGCUCUUCAUACUUUAAAGGUGCAUUGUGCAUAUAGUCACUUUGUAAUAUCACUUCACCUUCCUUGACUUUUUGCACAUUUUGUCAUGCUGUCAAAGUUUGGAAAUGUGCUUCCUGAGGAUUUAUCCCGUCUGAGGUUCAGUCAAAGUAGGAGUUCAUGUAAACAAAAUUUCAAAACAAAAAGUUUUUUUUUUUUUUUGAUUUAUGAUACUCAGCCUUUUUAAUGGUUUCUCUUUUCUUGCAAAGCAAAGCAUGUAUUUCUGGCAGUGACAUUUUAGUUCAGGCCAUGUUGUGUAAUACUAGCACUGAGUAUGGAACAGGUGAUUUACACCCAUGUCUACAAUGUGCCCUCAAGCCCAGCUGCUUUGCUUGAAUGAUGAAAUUACAAAAGAUAAGGUCUGAGAACAUUUAUUGUUGAAUACAUUUGGACCCUGAGGUUAUUUAGUUCAAAUGAAAAAUGAGGGGUGAGUACUUCAAAUUAAUUAAUUUUGCCUGUCAUGUUUUCUUUUAGCUUGAUUGCUACGUUUGCUUUAUGCUUUAAUAUAAUUCGGUGCUUUGGUAAAUGUCAGACUGAAACACAAAUCUAAAUGAAAAGCAUUUUCAAAUCAUUUUUUUCAGCACAACGAUAUAAAGGGGUACAUUGCAAAAAAAAAAAGAGCCUGCAUCAUUAUUGUACUUCUUCCUUGCCUCUUUGCAUAAUAUUUGUCAUCCAAUUAAUGCCUAUGUUUGAAUAUGCAAAGCACUCAAACUGCUUAGAGGCAAAUGUUUCCUAUAAAACUUGGCGAUGGCCUGGGUCAUUAUUUAAGUUUAUAAGGACAAUGUUGCACAUGCAUUAAAGUAAAUGUUGUAGGUGAAUGUCCGCCCCAUCCAAAAGACAGUGCAAGUCUAUGGUGUUUUUUCCUCCCAUGUUGACGAAGCAUGCAUUGAACCUUUUGACGAAGAUGACAUAAAGCUCAAGUCGGAUCUCACAAUCCUCCUCUGGCAGUCUUUUAAGUCUUCUACUGAUACUAUGAUGCUGCUUGCCAUAGGCCACAUACAGCUGCCAGACACUAAGACUUAAGCCCCGGCUAAAUCCCCUGACGGUGCUUGUAAUGUGGCACACAGUUAUGAAGGAAAUGAUGACUGUGUUUAUAAAAGAUCUUGCCAGUUAGCAAAGCUUCAUUGAGUUUACAGAAUUGUAUGGAGGCUGGUGCACAGAGGCCAACACAAUUAGACAUAAUGUGAGCUGAGGUUAGUGCCCCAACAUGGUGAAGACCUAAAAUGACAUUUUGAUACUUACUUCUUCUGAAGGUCGUCGCCAUGUUCUGAGUCUCUCGGCUCAUUCAGGCACAUGCCUUGUGAUGUGUUUGGACUAUUGUCUUUCUGCAUGUCAAUCAAAUUUUUUGAUCAUGUAACACUUCUUAUAAUUACCAAAUUAUAUGGCAUCUUCCUGAUCUAUAAACCAUUAAUUCCACUGAAGUGGGUUCAUUUUCAUCAACUCUCAUCACACAAACCUAUUGUAAUGUAUUUAACUCAGAACUGUACUGUGUGUAAGUUGGUUAAGAAAUGUACUUUCAUACCUGGAUGUUUGGGGACAAGAAUGUAUGGCUUUUAUAUUAUUGUAGUUCUGGAAACACACUGGGGUCUAGAUGAUGUAUGUAUUGAACAGUAUAAUGCUGUUAAUGGUGAUUGUAUGUGCCAACAAACGCACUGAGUCAUAAGAAUUUGGUGAUGCAUUUCUUCAUAUUCACCCAUUCUCAAUGUCCUACAGUUUGCAACAAUGACUUUUAGAUAUUGUCAUCACUAUCAUUAUAAUCAAAUUCCAAUGUUUCACUGGAUGUACUUUGAAAGGCGUGUAUUGUCCUUCUCAAUACACUCACUGUAAAUGAAAA